AUGACCAGGCGGGCAUCCGAAGACGAGACCAGGAGAAAGCUCAGGCAUUUAAAAGAACGGUACAUGUCAAAUCACAUCGAUUUCUCUAGUGGAGAAGGAUCAGAAGUUCUGGAGAUUGGAUGCACAAAGAUUGAGUUUACUCAAGAUGACUUGAGAGAUGUUUACGCUCCCCACAAUGACGCUAUUGUCAUAUCAUCCUGGAUAGGGAUGUUCCGAGUACAUCGUAUUCUUGUAGAUAUAGGAAGCUCUGUGAGCGUGCUAUUUUCUGGAGCCUAUUCAUCUAUGAAUCUCACAUACAACUUGAUCGAGGAGGACGAAAAUCCAAUUAUCGGAUUCAGUGGCGAAGUAACCAAAGCUGUUGGGAAAGUUAAAAUGCCGAUUACAGUAGCAAACAAGCCAAUUCUGGGAAAUUUCUUGUUGCUGGAUUGUCGAGCACCCUACAAUGCAAUUGUAGAACGGGACUGGAUGCAUGCGAUCUGUGCAGUCACUUCCUCAUACCAUCAGUGUCUGAAGUUUGUUACAUUUGUAGGGGUCGUAAAGGUGAGAGGCGACCAAAUGGCUGCUCACAAGUGUCACGAGAGCGCAAUGGAAGAAUACCGAAAGUCAGAAGUUAGCGCGAAUCCUAUCUUGCGAGUCGAACAAAAAUAG